AUGUCCUCCGCUCUCGAACGCGUUGCCGCUCUGGCGUCACACUUGGUGCCCUCUUCACGUGGCAAGAAGGCCGUGCUCGCCAAGAAGGACGACGACGUUGUGAUCGUGUCGGCGGUGCGCACCCCUCUGAUCCGAGCCAAGAAGGGCCCUUUCAAGGUCAGUAAGGCUGCGAUCGAGUUUGACUCUCUACGGUGGUGAUGACACGAUUGGCUGACCAAGAAAACCUGCAUGGCUCUCUCCCUCGCUCUCACCGCUCUCACCGGCGACCUCGCCCCCGCUCCCGCCUGCCCGCUCCCUCGCCGCUCAACAGGACACGACCCCCGAGGACCUCUUGGCCGCCGCACUCAAGGCCGCCGUUGACCGUGCUGGCAUCGACAUCAACCUCGUCGAAGAUAUCCAGGUUGGCAACGUCCUCCCCCCGGUGGUGGUGCGACCGUCGCCCGUAUGGCCCAACUCGCAGGUCCGUUCGUAGUCGCAAUCCUUUAUUCGGGCGCAUCAGAGCUCGUUUCAGUUGCAGCCCCACGCGCACGUCGGAUUCUCCUCGAUUGAAUGAUGGGGCCAACGGUCGCAAUGCACCGGGCUGGCAAACUCUUCCUGGAUGCUCCUAUUUUUCUUAGACAUCCGCCCUUUCUCGUACUGACGACCCGCAUCUUGCUCUUGGCACUCCCGCGCCUCCAUUCCGCCGUCUACAGUCGGCUUCCCGGUGACGUCGUCCAUCUGCACCCUGAACCGACAGUGCUCGUCUGGCCUCCAGGCCAUCAACAACAUCGCACUCCAAAUCGCCGCCGGCCAAAUCGAUGUCGGCAUCGGUGCCGGUGUCGAGUCCAUGACCAUGGGCUACGGUGAGUGAUCCUUUCGUGCCCCUCUUUGCAAUGCGGAUGAGCUGACAUUUGCCCCGACUACCCAACAGGCGCUGGUGUCAUGCCCGAGAAGUUCUCGGACAAGAUCUUGGAGCACGAGCCCUCCGCCGACUGCCUCGUCCCCAUGGGUAUCACCUCGGAGAACGUUGCCGCAAAGUACAACGUCACCCGUCAAGCCCAGGACGAGUUCGCCGCCAAGUCGUUCCAGAAAGCUGCCGCCGCGCAAAAGGCCGGCAAGUUCGAUUCCGAGAUCGUGCCCGUCACCGUCCAGGUCACGGACCCCAAGACCGGCGAGGAGACCACCGUCACCGUCACCAAGGACGACGGUAUCCGAGAUGGCGUCACCGCCGAGUCGCUCGGCAAGCUCAAGCCCGUCUUCUCCAAGACCGGCUCGACACACGCCGGUAAUGCCUCGCAGGUUUCGGACGGUGCCGCCGCCGUCUUGCUCACGCGCCGCUCGUUCGCCAAGAAGCACAACUUGCCCGUCCUCGGCAAAUUUGUCUGCGCCGCUGUGGUCGGUGUCGAGCCCAAGCUCAUGGUGAGUCUCUUGCGGCGUUGAACGAUGGAUUUACUGCUGACUCGUGCUGCCUUUCCUUGCGUUCUCAGGGUAUCGGUCCCGCUUUCGCGAUCCCCAAGGCGCUUGAGAAGGCCGGCUUGACGAUCGAGGAGGUCGACUUAUGGGAAAUCAACGAAGCCUUCGCCUCGCAAGCCGUGAUGUCGAUCGAGCACCUCAAGAUCCCGUACGAGAAGGUCAACCCGGUCGGUGGUGCGAUCGCGUUCGGGCACCCUCUCGGCGCGACCGGUGCUCGUCAAUACGCCACCGCUCUCGCCGAGGCCAAGCGAUCCGGCGCCAAGGUCAUCGUUUCGAGUAUGUGCAUUGGCAGUGGUAUGGGUAUGGCCAGUGUGUUCGUCAACGAGCAAUAGUCUCGCGAACGACAGCGCAGAAGCGAAAGAAUAACAAAAGAAGGAGGCCAUCAGAUAUCGUUUGUUCAGAAGGCUCUUGACCUAUGUGUGUGAUUUCAUAUCUGUAACAGCAUGCCAGCCAUUUUUCUCGUGUUGGAUCCUUGGUCAUUGCCUCGAGAGCGAAUUCACAAGAAACACUCGUGAUUGGGAGCACCGAAGAAGCCACCAAAGUAGUUUGCAUCGAGGUCAGCAAGCGCCCGCACGUGACGGAAAGGCAAGGCUGACUCCGAAGCAGGGACUCGGUGAACGUAUUGCGCUCCGAGUAUUUCGUGGCCGACGCCGAGCGGCCGCGAUGAUCGAGAUGGCGCGGAGGAAGAACGUUCAGCGCUCCGGCCAGAUCUGAACGGGUCCCCGCGAAGUCCUUUCUGCCUUCUCCUCAAUCUCCACUCUACCAACCUAUCCCCUCCAAUAGUGAGCAGAUGGCAUUAAGCACUCUCCUCCUUGCAUUCCAGCUGACCUGAACCCUACUCUACAGUGCCUAUCGAUCAACACCACCUCUCCGCGCCGGCCAAGACAUACCUCUUCGGCACUCCGCUCAAACGAACCUAUGCGCCGUUCCUGCACAACACCAUCACCAAGCUCGCAGGAGCCCCUUCAAGAUCGUACACGAAGUACGAGUCGAGCGACAUGGAGGCAUUCAUGAAGUUGACGCAGGAGAAGGAUUUUGGUGGCAGCGCCGUCACGAGUUGAGUCGCGCCGCCGCCCCCACACGUCGUAAUUUGUGCCGCGGCUUUCCGGAACUGAUGCCUCCUGUCAUCUUGGCGUGUGGUUGGACAGUGCCCCACAAGGUCGCCAUCUGCGAACAACUCGAUGAACUGACAGAGGAUGGAAAAGCCAUGCAAGUCAUUUCAAGCAGCGCGAUACCUGACUCAGCACACGCCGACUGACCUUUGCACUUUUGUCUCGAUUCGGAAAACCCAACAGCGGAGCGUGCAACACCAUCAUCGUCCGAGAAAAAAACGGGAAACGCACCCUCAUUGGUCACAAUACCGAGUGCGUGCAUCAGGUCGUCAGAUUCGUUCCUGGACCCCGAAGCUCAUUCAUACCACUUCCCUUUGCGAAUUGCAGCUUCACAGGCGUGCAGCAAUCCCUCCUUCGAGCCGACCCGGCGCACGUCUCGUCGGGCAAGACUCGACCUGGCUUGAUCUUUGGUGCUGGUGGGGCUAGUCGAGCAUCGAUCUACGCCCUCGUUAAAAAGCUCAAUUGCUCACCGAUCUACAUCGCGAAUCGCAUUGACAGCGAGGUCGAGGCGCUGAUCGAGGACUACCGGACAGGAGACUUUAGGCCCGAAUUGAUCCACGUCAAGACCGUCGAACAGGCCCGUGAAGUUUUGCCGGUAGUGUACAUCGUCAGCGCUGUGCCCGCUUUCCCGCCAAAGUCCGAAGGUGAGCUCAACGCUCGGGCCAUUAUCAGGACAUUCUUGUGAGUUCGGAAGUCGAGGACCUGAGACGGUGGAGACCUAUGUCUCAGGGACGGUUCUUCUCCCACGCGGGGGCGUUUGGUGGGGUCACAUCUAGUGCCUUGUGUCUGACCCAGCUGUUCCCAUGCUUUGCUUGAAUUUGAUCUUGGGUGUUCGACAGCGAUAAGCCGACGAAGGGAACGAUCCUCGAGGCAUGCUACUUCCCUCACCCGUGGACCGAGUUGUGCCAAAUUGCGACCGAUGCGGGAUGGAAGGUCGUCACGGGUGAACAAAUGAUGGCAUGGCAAGCGAUCGAGCAACAAAAGUUCUGGAUGGAGUGCAGCGAGGAUGAUCUGAACGUCGAUGAGGUGAUUGAGCGACUAGGAAAGCAAUUGAAGGAGGAUGGCGAGACGGGGAACGAGCCGCCGGAAGCCUGA